AUGUACGCGUCUAUAGCCGCCACUCAAAAUGCCUCCGGGAUUUGCCAUAAUCUAAUCGGACUAGUGGGACAACUUCUGGCCAGGUGUAGACUCAACAUGCAGGAGUAUACGCGUUUUUCUGCGUGGCAGGUAAUCUCUAUGGUCACCUCUGCACUGCUGGCUCUGAAGAUACUGCUGAUUCCUUCCUAUACUUCAACGGAUUUUGAGGUCCAUCGGAACUGGAUGGCUAUAACACACAAUUUCCCUUUAUCUAAAUGGUAUUAUGAGGCAACAUCGAAAUGGACUUUGGAUUACCCACCUUUCUUUGCGUAUUUUGAGAAGUUUUUGGCCACUAUUGCAUACUACUGUGGACUGAACGACAUCUUAACAGUACAGAAGAGUCCGGUGUACAACGAUCGAGUGCUUCAUUUUCAGCGCCUUUCAGUCAUAGCAACAGAUGUUUUGUAUAUUUUAUCCUGUGCACUAUUUUGUUUCUGUGAUUCGUCCAGAUGGAAGGUACUUCCAAAGAAAAUCGAGGACCGAUCUAGGAUAGCAACAUUCGUAAUUCUUUCAUGCAAUGCUGGUCUCCUUAUGAUCGAUAAUAUCCAUUUCCAAUACAACUCUAUGCUCACAGCUUUAUUGAUACUAUCAAUCCACUUUGCAGACACGAAAAACUAUCUUUUGUCCGCACUUUUCUACUGUACUUUAUUGAACUUCAAACAUAUUUAUCUCUACUAUGCACCCGCUUAUGUUGUAUUCUUUUUGCGAGGCUAUUUUUUCAAUACUGUGAGCGACCUUUUCAGGUUUUCUCGAACUCUAACCUCAGGUUUGAAGCUUGCAAUUGUGAUGGCUGUACCAUUUACUCUGGCAUUCAUGCCAUUCGUAAUCGUGGGUGGCCUUACAGGACUGCUACAAAUUUUAAGCAGAUUGUUUCCUGUCUCUAGAGGGCUAACUCACGCUUACUGGGCUCCCAAUUUUUGGGCUAUGUACAAUGUCAUAGAUUUGAUCCUAUACCGAGUUUUAUCUCUUUGGAAACCAACUCUAUUUACACCGCCAACAUACAGUUCUGGUCUUGUACAGGUGUAUGAUCAUUCCGUCUUGGUUACGAUCACUCCGAUAAUUUCUUUGAUGUUCGUGAUUGCUUCCCUAGCACCAUUGUUUGCUACGCUUUUCAAAAGCAAAGUGCCUGAUAUAUGCACACUGCUUUCGCUAUGUGCUUUUUCCUUCUUUUUCUACGGUUAUCAUGUUCACGAGAAGGCUUUGUUGCUGAUCGCGAUUCCGCUGGUAGUUUUAGCAUUUACGGAUCCAAAAUUCAUCCAACUGGCUGUAUUUUUCUCCAUAAUAACAUGUACAUCGUUGUUUCCACUGCUUUUUACACUUUUUGAAAUUCCGAUCAAAUACUGCCUAGCUUCUACGUAUACGUUGUUACUGCUGCAGAUGACCAGAUAUGUUUUCCAUAUCAACUUCACCUCGAUUCUUCCUACACAAGUCCUCGUUUAUGUUACUGGAUUGUUAUUGUUGGAACUGAACGCUUUAUUCAUUCACAAAGCCUUGUUUGGUGAGAAACUCGCUUUUCUACCACUGAUGAUAAUCUCGGUUUAUAGCGCAGUAGGUGUGCUGAUUUGCUAUGUCUGGUUGAUAUCGCUAGUUUUUGAUGAUGAUAUCAUGAUUAUUUUCGCAAAAAAGCGCUGUGAGCUGGUAGAGGGUUUCAUAAAAGCAGGUCAUUAUCCAGUGCAAACCGUGGAUUCAGUGGAGGAAAUAGAAUUAGUUGGUGGCAUCGACAUUUCUACAUCGAAAGCAAACCAAAACUUUGCAGUUGUUGCGUUAAGUGUUUUUGAAUACCCUAGUAUGAAGCAAGUCGCCAUUUUCGACGAUGUGGUGGUAAUAACUGAACCAUACAUCACGGAUUAUUUGGCUAUACGUGAAGCAACACCGAUCGCUAAAUUUGUAAACAAUAUUGUUGAAGAGUAUCCACACCUGCGUCCAGAUGUAAUCAUCUGUGAUGGAAAUGGACAGUUCCAUUCAAGAGGCUGUGGAUUAGCUUGUCAUAUCGGUGCUCUCACAGGAAUUCCGACGAUCGGCGUCGCUAAAAACUUCAACUUGUCCUUAUUGAAGUCGUUGGAUGCCAACGAAAGUGUAAUGAAAGCAGCAGAGGAGCUGAUCACUAGUGUUUUAUCGCAGAACUCUGACGGUUUCGCUCCAUUCGAUGUAGUUUUGCCUGUGGUUAUGAAUAUAACCCGAAUGGGAGGAUCCAAAGUCCCAGUCUAUGUAUCAGCUGGUUAUGGUAUCGAUUUAGAUUUGGCAACGAAUGUAGUGUUGUCCACUGCUAGGACCAGAAUCUGCGAACCUAUUAGGGCUGCGGAUCUGCACUCACGAGAGAAAGUACGAGAGUAUUUUGAUUGA